AUGGACUACGAAGAGCUGGCGCAGCUUUUGUCGGACGCUUCAAGCCUCGACGCAUCGCCGCAGGAGCCGCCGCCGCCACCGCCGCCCGACUCACCCCUGCGCUUGUAUGACUCCAGCCGCGGCGCAAUCGCGCGCGAGCGCUCGCAGCGGCCGUUCUCGCAGCAGCAGCGGCUGCUUUCCACGCUCGACGACGACUCGCUCGUGGGGCUCGUCAACACGUUCGACAGGCCCACGCAGCGGGCGCGGCUUCGCCGCCCCGCUGCUCCCGCGGACGACGCCGCAGACGCCGAAGAUGAUCCGUGUAUCGUGACCAGCUCCCCCGAGCCGCCAUCUUCGGUCGUGCCCAGCACGCCGCCGGCGUCGUCGCGGCUGUCUGAGUCGGAUUCAUCGUCUGACCGCUCGCGCUCAAGCUCUCCCACCGCGGCGCGCGUCGGGCCGCUCAAAUUCGGCGACUACGCGCAGUAUUUUUCCGACAAAACGGCGCAUCAGCACUCCCGCGAUGAGUACAUGAGAAAGCUUUACCAAGACGCUCUUAACGGCGGCCGCGAGUAUCCGCCAAUCUUCAAGGACUGCACCAUCUACAUCAACGGACGCACGUUCCCAGACCGUCUACAGCUGCAUCAGAAGAUCAUUAUCCACGGAGGCUCCUUCAAGCACUUCCUCAGCGGCAAGAAAAGCGUUACCCACAUCGUCGCGAGCAACCUGACGGCCAAGAAGCGCAUUGAGUUCCAGAAUUACAAAGUCGUGGCGCCCGCAUGGAUCACCGAGUCCAUUGCGGCCUCCAAGCGGCUGCCGUGGCAGGACUACGCUCUUAUUACGGGAGAGUACGGCCAGCAGAAGCUGCAGAUAGCGCGGCCACCGGCAGCGGCUCUGCCAGCUCCAGAGCAGCAGCCCGCAGACGGUUUUGACGCCAAUUCUCUGGACUGCAAACAGCCCGGGUUUCUGCAGAGCUUUUUUGCCAAGUCCAGGCUCCACCAGCUGUCGGCUUGGAAGGCCGAUCUACGCGCGCUGUUCUGCGAAAAAUACGUCGAGGGAGCGCACCUACAGCCGCCGCCCAAAGGUGCGCGGCUAGCUAUCUUCCACGUGGACUUUGACUGUUUUUUCGCCACAGUCUCGGCGCUCAGCGACGCUCGCUACGAUCUUUCUCGAGACCCGCUCGCGGUCGCACACGGUAACAACAGUUCCGAAAUCGCCAGCUGCAAUUAUGUGGCGCGUAGCUUCGGGGUAAAAAACGGCAUGUGGGUGCGCAGCGCGCGAAGGCUUUGCCCUAACCUAAUAUGCCUACCGUACAACUUCGAGCAAUAUGAAGUUAACUCCAAACUCCUAUAUCAGAUACUAGCCGGCAGCGGCUUCUUUCAGAUGAUUCUUCCAAUAUCCAUUGACGAGGCGAUUUGUGUCAAGUACCUCGAUGGCUUACCAGACGGUGACGCUUCUGCGCACCAACAAUGCGAGGCAAUUACGCGCCAAAUACGCCGCGACGUCUUUGAUGCUACCAACGGAUGCACCGUAAGCAUAGGCUGUAGUAAUUCUUUGGUUCUUGCAAGACUCGCAUUGAAGAAGGCAAAGCCUAAUGGUCAAUGCGUGAUGGCCAGUCUCGAACAAGAUUCCAUUGACGCUUUUAUAGAGGAGUUGCCUCUGCGCGAUCUUCCUGGCGUCGGCGCUACUAUAGUGGACAAAGUCCAGCAGCAUAUUUUAUUCGAACAGACCGCUGAGCCGACAAUUGGAGACCUCAAACGGAACUCUUCGCUACAGCUGCUCGCCAGCAAGCUGGGAACUAAGACAGGCCAUAAGCUUCAUUUGUUUCUUUCCGGAAAAGACGAUGAAGAAAAUUCCAGGGUACUGCGGGACCCGCUUGAUUACUUCGCCAGAAAGUCUAUAUCCGUGGACAUCAACUACGCAAUUAGGUUCGACACCAUCCACGAGAUCGACGAAUUCAUAGACAGAAUAUGUGAGCAUUUGACAACUAAGCUAGGAGAACUCGACAUGGUCACACCCCAGGUCACUCUCAAGGUUACGCGGAGGUGUGAACAUGCUCCUAUUGAGCCUGCGAAAUAUUUGGGAAGUGGAGAAUGCGAUACCUUCAGCAGAAGUAGCCGCUUUGGCGUUCCUACGUGUGAGGCAGGCCUGAUAUCUACAGAGGUCAAAAGUUCUUUUAGAAUGCUUGGCUGUCCUCCAAAAGACCUUAGAGGCAUCGCUGUUCAACUGAACAAGCUGGAGAAGGUUUCUGAUAGGGUUUGCCAGCUUCGCUUGCCCUUCCGGGAGCAGGACGCCUCCAGCGCAGGCUCUAGGUUUCCUGCGCUUAAUGUCAAUGCAUUUAAUUCCUUACCAGGCGCAUUAAAGGAAGAUGUGCGAACAGAGCUUUUGAAGCGUAAAAUUAACCUUCCGCCAUCACCACCCUCCAAACGCUCAGCUUCAAACUCGCCAGUAAAAGAUUAUUGGGGUAGGCAUGGCAAAAGAACUGAGACUCUUAAGCAAGAAAUGCCGAGUACACUGGACGAAGACUUCAUGAACCAUUUGCCGACUCAAAUCCAACGGGAGAUAAAGUGGGACCAUGCAAUUGUUAAAAAAGCUUCGAGCUCCGUUCGGAACCGCUUGAGUCGCAAAGGAACGGGGGUUUUGAACUUAUCAAAAAAUCGCCCUUCUAAACCUGAGGCAGUGAAAUUUCAAAGCCUGGAGCGCCCCCUCGGGAUUAGCAGGCUAAUCAAGUCUUGGAUUGACGAUACUAUUGAUAACGGGCCCCAUAUUGAUGACCUUAAUCUGUUUGACAAAUACUUGACCAAGCUGGCGGCUAAGGGAAAAACGCAUCAUAUUUUGAAAAUAGCUAGAACCAUGUCUUCGCACCUUGAAUACCAUUCUUCUUUCACUAAAUCAAAUCCCCAAGGCCGUCAAGAAUGGGAAGAGUACCUGCUGAUCAGAAUGAUUCCGACUCUUACAGCUAGCGCAGCAAAGAGCGAUAGUGGAGUUCAAGUAACUUUUGACCUGUAA